UAGCGUUUGGAGAUUGACAAUUGCAUUCUCCAGUAGUAUUGGGGUGGUUGUGACAGUAAUGUAAAGUGGUUGUAAGGCAAUACAUAUUUUGUGAUGAUGAAACAGAGAGCAAUAUUUAUGUAUUAGCAGUGUUGUUCAUAACUGUUAACCAUGUCUACUGGAACAAAUUUGGUUGUUCCAGUAGUACUUUGGGGUAAACACCCCCCUACACACUGCAUUUCGUGUGUAAUGUUGUCGAGAGAUCAAAAAACAUUGAUCACCGGCUGCUAUGACGGACAGAUUUGCUUGUGGCAAAUGAAUCCUGAUACUUUGAAGAUGUUUCCCAGAUGCCUUCUUGUUGGCCAUACUGCCCCCGUCUUGUGCCUUGCAAAAGCAAGUGUUGUACUAGAUAAUAAUUACAUAGUUAGUUCUUCAGAAAGUGGAGAGAUGUGCUGCUGGGAUCUAGUUGAUGGAAAAUGCAGAGAGGUGGUUAAGCUAGCACAUGUGCACACAACUAUUCAGGCAUACCAUAUGUCAGGCUGUGAUGACGUUCGUCUAUUCUGCAAUGGAUAUUAUUCUGAAAUUUUAGUAAUGGAUCCAUUUAGUUUGGAAAUUCUCUUUACUCUGUCAUCAAGGGUUAAUCCUGACUGGAUAAGUGCCGUUCAUGUUCUUCGUCCAAACAAGAGAAAAGAUGAUGUAGUCCUGGCAUUGACUACAACUGGAACUGUGAAAGUUUGGACUUUGUUGGGCCAAGAAACUAAAUCCCAAGAACCUCUAUAUGAAAAUGAGAGCAAACAGAUUCGCUGUUUGAAUGCCUUGUCUAUGACAUGCUGCUCCUAUAAUCAGCGCACAGUAUUGAUUGUGUGUUCCAAAUUCUGGCAGAUAUAUGACGCUGGAGACUUCUCGGUGCUGUGUUCGGUUAUAGCUUCACGUGGCGAGCGCUGGAUGGGUGGUGAAUUUCUUGCAGCUGAUCGUGUCUUGGUUUGGAGUGAUGAAGGGAAAGCAUACAUGUACAAACUACCAGCCAACAAGCUGAAAGGGAAGAACAUUAGUAGCUGUAUUGCUGACAACAAAGACUUCCAUAGCAAGUCCAUUGAAACAGACAGUCCAUUUCUCUACUGUGUGCUUGCAGCUCCAGAGGAAAAGCUGCUUUCUUGCCCUCCAGCUCUACGUUACCAUGUGAUUCAUCGACAAGGCCGGACUCACAAGCUCUUAGUGCGUGGUGAUUCAGAGGGUUCAGUAGUAGUGUGGUCUGUUCCAGAUGUAACAGAUGGGCAGCUAUUACAGAUAAAGCAAGAAGAAUUUGACAAGCCACCAGGAAUGCCUCCAGCUGUGACCACAAGUCUGUCAGAGGCGUGGAAAGCAAUGAGGCGCCCACCUGUUGGCAUUUUGGAUCAACUGGAUGCAGGAAGCCCAAAAGGUGUGGCUUUGACAGCAAGUAUAUAUUUACCACAGCAGAGCAGAUUGGUUGUAGGGCGUGAAGAUGGCUCGAUUAUUAUUGUGCCGGCAACACAAACGAUAAUGCUCCAGUUGCUUCACGGACGUCAUCAGCAAUAUGACGAUUGGCCACCACAUCAGGUCUUGUUAGGUCAUACAGGACGUGUCAACUGUCUGCUGUAUCCCUACAAUGUGCACCCACGUUACGAGAAAUCACACUUAGUAUCUGGUGGAGUGGAUUUUGCAGUCUGUCUGUGGGAUCUGUAUGCAGGGCAUCUCUUGCACCGUUUUUGUGUUCAUGCUGGUGAAAUCACUCAACUGCUGGUUCCCCCUAAUAGUUGCAGUGCACGUAUCCAGGGGUGUGUAUGCAGUGUUGCAAGCGACCACUCGGUCACUCUUCUCAGCUUAUCGCUCCGUCGCUGUGUGGUGCUGGCUUCAAGGCACCUCUUCCCUGUUGUUACAAUCAAAUGGCGCCCAUUGGAUGACUUCAUGAUUGUUGGCUGCAGUGAUGGUGCUGUCUAUGUUUGGCAAAUGGAAACAGGCCAUCUGGAUCGUGUUUUGCAUGGAAUAAGUGCUGAAGAGGUAUUGUAUGCAUGUGACGAAAAUCCAUCGGCGGCCAGUGCAGGAGAAAUGGGUUUGGCCAAUCCAGCCGUCCAUUUUUUUAGAGGUCUCAGACAUCGCAAUCUGUCAGCCAUAAGGCAUGCCACUCAGAGAGGACUUCAUCAGCUCCAGCAGCUACAUCAUGCUACAAACCAGGAUGGAACAGACCAACAGAAAAAUCGCACAUUGCCGUUGUCCAUUCAAGGACUUCACACAAAUCCAAAGGAUCCAGAAUCUCAUAUCCUCUUCUUUGACAUUGAAGCUCUUAUAGUGCAAUUGCUGCAGGAAGAGUACAGUACUAUGUCCCCUGGUACCCUCGAAGCACAAGGGCUCAUCAAUCAAGCUGAGUAUCAGAAAGUGGCUGCCCUCACACAGUCUGCAUCACCAGAUGCUCACAAGAAGAUAGCAGAUUUCUUUGGUCGGGUCAAGGACAAGGCGGGUGAUGUGGAGCGCAUCCUCAAGGAAAAGGAUCGACAUGGCAUAUUGGCAAAAAUGAAGGAGGGAGCUGAAAAUGUUCAAACAAAGCUUCAAGCAAAAGCUGAAAAUGUUAGCUUCAAACCUGCUCAGCCUGAAGGAAAAGGUGGCACUGAAAAUGGGAAUGAAACCUCUUCAAAGACAAAGCCUCGUGCUGUGGCAGGGCUAGAGACCAACAUUACUAUGGAAACAGCACAACUUCUUCUGUCACUGAUGCACGCUUGGGACAUGGAUCCUGAUCUUGACAAAGUCUGUGAGAAGAAACUGGGUCUGCUGCGGCCAAUGGUUCCCGUUUCUUUUGGUGUACUCUCCAAAGGAGGUCACAUGAGUUUACUGCUACCAACAUGGCAGACAAGCAUAGAUGAUGCAGAACUAAUGGCUGAAGUAGAAGUAUCACCAAUUGCUUUAGAUUUACCAGAAGAUGCCCUUCGUCUUGAAAGGCUGACACGCUUGUUCACAUCACGUAUACAUUGGGAACUGAGUACAACACUCACUACUAAUCAUCUUCUUGCCAUCAUUGCUAUUGCUAACACCCUGAUGUCCAUGAACAAUGCAACUUUCGUACCUGAACAGGAACGUAACCGAAAAUUGCACAGACAGAGUACAAGAAUGUCACUGAGCUGGAACAGUAAGAUAGAGGAAGAAAAAGAAGAACAGUUCACUGCCCAGCAGGCUCAGAUCAAACAGGGCUGGAGUCUUUUGGCUACUCUGCACUGUGUGCUUCUGCCAGAUAAAGUAGUGGCUAACGGUUCUCGUGCAUUCAAGAGGCCACAGGUGGAAAUGAUGGCUAGGAGGUGGCAGCAUCAGUGUCUUGAGAUACGUGAAGCAGCACAGGCUCUGCUCUUGGCAGAACUGGGACGACUUGGUCCGAAGGGCCGAAAAGCACUUGCAGAUAGCUGGGCAACAUAUUUACCUAUCUACACACAAGGUCCUGAUGGCCAUGGAGUGUUACAACCUGGUCACUCACAACAACAGGCGCCAGCCACUCCACAGCCUUCAGGUUCUGCCAGUGGCGACAGUCAACAGCAACGACAGGGUCAUGACGACGAGAUGGAGGAGGAAGAAGAAGGGAUGGAAGAGUAUUGUGUGCGCAAGCCUUCAAGCAUAUCAGAAUUGAAACGGAAGCAGACAACAGCAGUUGUUUUGCUGGGUGUAAUUGGUGCCGAAUUUGGGCAAGAUGUUGGAGGUGAAGCAUCUGGACGACGACGGGCUGGUGACGAUCAGCGUCGUAAAACUUCCGUUGUUGAAGGCUUUGGUAUUGGAAACAACAACCUCGCAAUGCUGACAAGUAUAGCUCUUACACAGCUACUAUUAGCACCACCUUCUCCACGUAUUCCGGCUCACACACCCUUGAGACGUGCAGCAAUUGAUUUGAUAGGACGUGGUUUCACUGUGUGGGAACCUUAUCUUGAUGUAUCUAAGGUGCUUCUUGGUCUGCUUGAACUUUGCUGUGAUGCUGAUAAGCUUGUGCCAAGCAUGACAUAUGGCCUGCCAUUGACGCCAGCUGCAGAUUCGUGCCGCACUGCUCGACAUGCUCUCACACUUAUUGCCACAGCACGACCAGCUGCAUUCAUCACUACUAUGGCUAGAGAGGUGGCUCGUUACAACACGUUACAGCAAAAUGCACAGACCUUGAAUGUAAAUUUAAGCAACUCUGUUCUUCACCGUGCCAAGACAGAAAUACUGAGAGGAGUUGAGCUGCUGAUUGAUAAAAUGCAGAAUGAAAUGGCUGAUUUGCUUGUUGAGGUUAUGGACAUAGUGCUUCAUUGCUUAGAUCCAGGCCAUCUAAAGACAAACCGCCUGAAUGACAUAUUCCCUGCAGUAUGUCGCUUCAAUCAAGUUAGCCACUGUCCAAAUACACGGCGUAUUGCAGUUGGCGCAAAAGGUGGACAAGUAGCUUUGUAUGAACUACGUUCCAAUAAAUGUCAGAUGAUUCCAGCUCAUGGAGCAGCAGUUACUGCCAACACAUUCUCACCGGAUGGAAAAUACUUAGCCACCUACAGUUGCAGUGAGAACAGGCUUUCAUUUUGGCAGACUUCAACAGGUAUUUUUGGACUGGGAAAUUCACAGACCCGAUGUGUGAAAUCAUAUUCGACAGCACCAAUACCAGAUGUUUCGCGCCUGAACCCAAUGCGAUUAGCUAAACUAGUGUGGAUAAAUAAUCGCACAGUGUCCCUGAUGCUUGCAGAUGGAUCUGAAACAAGAUUCAAUGUCUAAAAAUUUGUUUACUCAGUAUAUUUUAUGAAUGGAAAAGAAUAUUGGGUUCUUUAUGAAAAGAUCUUUUAGAAUGGAGUUUGUGACUGAAGAUUAUUAGUGGAAGCUUUGUUUGGCUUUUUAAUAGCUAAACUGUGCAUUAAAUAUUUCAAACACAAGUUUGUGUAUUGAAUGUUGAAUUAUAGCUUCGAUCUUGCAAUAGCCUGUAUGGAUUUUUAAAUUUGUGCCAAUUUGAAAUUAUUGAUCACAAAUCCAUUCUUUAAAAUCUUUAUUAACCGAGUUGUAAUGUUCACUCCACCCACAACAUGCUGUGAUAAGUUCAUUGUUAUAAAGUAAUAUAUUGUUGUACAAAGUUCUGCUGUUAAAUUCCAUUUGUGAAUAGAUGCAUUUAAACAUUGGUUUUCAGCUCAGAUUGUGUGAUCUCUCUCUCCCUCUCUCUCUCUCUCUCUCUCUCUCUCUCUCCUCUCUCUCUCUCUCUCUCUCUCUCUCUCUCUCUCUCUCUCUCUCUCACACACACACACACACACACACACACACACACAAACCAUAUGGUACAAUGUUCUGUUUUCCAGCUUUGUUUGUAAUAAUCAUACUAGGAUUGGCUUUUUUCCAGUAGAAAAAGCAACACUGAUUAUCAGUUUGUUUUUCAUGUAUUUAUCUUAUGGAGCUUCAGCCAUGUUGACCAGGAUCCAGCAUGAUCAAAUAUGUGGAAGGCCAAUAUUCUUUGCUAAUAAUGUGACAACAUUAUUUUGUCUUGAUCUGUGAGGCUUGAAACUUACUGUUAAGAAAUUCUUGUGUUCGAACUCGUACCUGAAACUCAUUGUACUUUGGUGAUACAAAGUUUAUGACUAUGAAGAUUAAUGAUAAAACAAUGUAAAUAAUUCAAAUUGAGAAUUAAUUCAGCAUAAUGUACUUUGAGAAGUGCUACAUGAGAUCUCUUUAUCAUCUGGUCCGAGAUUACAAUACAUUAAUUCGAUGACUGAUUUUACUGUUAUACAGUAAUUCUAAGGCAUUGCAUAGCACUUUAGUUAUGUGGUGCUGUUGUCCAUCAGUAUAUCAUACAAUAUAAAUCUGUUGUUUCAUAAUUCACAGCUUUCAAAUCAACAUGUUGCAUAAAGGUAUUGGUGAAUGUGUGUUUAAGUAUGCAUUUCAGAAGUGUCCCUGUACAUUCCACAAAUUGAAUAUUAGUCCCAUUAAUUUCAAAGUGAAAAUUUUUAAUAAUAGUUAAUUCACUGUAAGUAACUUAAAAAGAAAAUGAGGAUACAAACUAUCCCUAGUUCAGUUUUUGUGAGACGCACAGGCACAUGCAAUCCCCAUUACUAUUUUAUGUUGUAGGUUAACAGAUAUUAGUAAACAUCACAGAAAAAGACCGCUUGUUGUGCUGGAAAUUGUCAGCUAUAUUUUAUUAUUUUCACCUAGCUGUUGUAUUAACAUUUAUAUAUUAAUUUAAAAUUAUCAUUGCCUUGUGUUCCACUGAGAGAGUUGUCAUUUGCACAGCUUAUGAUAAUCAUUACAGACGAGUGUUUUGCAAAUAAGACUUGCAUAUUCCAACAUAAUUUUGUCAUUUCCCCAUGCAAGUCAUUUUUCCUAAUUUUAUUCUUGAGUAUUUAUUACUGUCUGUCUGUUAAAACAUAUUUGCACGUACUAAAAAAGAAAAAAUUAAGGUUUUGAUGGCACAUAAUUGGAUUUGCAAAUAACUGGUAAUUACUGGUUUGUUUUAGGUGUAUAACACUUGACUGAUGAAUGUGUGUGUGUGUGUGUGUGUGUGUGUGUGUGUGUGUGUGUGUGUGUGUGUACACGUAAGUGAUUGUUGUGAAAAUAUUUCUUGACCAGUUGUGUUCCAUUACUUCAUCAUCAGAUUUUUGUUAAGUUAUAUUUUUACUGUCUGUAAGUGGUGGUGUUAGAAAUGUUGCCGUGUGAUUGUGUGAAAAAGUUUGUUGUUGAUGCAAUGAGUUACCAAAUUGUUGACAAUAAUAUGUACUUAGAUGUUCAUUGGGUUUACGCCCUUAUGUAUCCCAAAAUAUUAAAAAAAAAUCCCUCAAG